AUGACUCCUCGCCCCUUCAUUCUGUUAGUUUGCGGACAUACACCAAAAACAAACCCAGAUCAUAUCUUAAAGUCGUGCAUAUAUUUAAUUUUUGUGAUCACGAUUUCCAACGCAAAUUGUGUGUUCGAAUGUGUACUCGCUAACUGGAUUAUUACAGAAUCUGGAAGUCUGCAACGCACAAACGGAACCGAGUCACAGAAUAAUUGCGGAAUGCGCCAAGAGGUAAAACACAUUUCUGCAAGAAUCAUCAAUGGUACCCAAGCUCUCCCGAAACACUGGCCCUGGGUAGUCGCAAUCUAUGAUUCAAACGAUACCUUAGUAUGCGGAGGGGCCUUAAUUGCUGAGGAAUAUGUGGUAACAGCAGCACACUGUUUUGGGAAUCAAGACGCUCAUAAGUUUUCAGCUCGUCUUGGAACCACACUCAGAACCAAUUCUUCUCAAUGUAACAAAAUUCUGAAAAAGUGCAAUAUACAGAAAAGGACAACCAGAAAAAGCGAAGUACCUCCAAAAGAAGAUGAAGAAUACCAUGAGGCUCCUGAAACCCAGGUGACAUGUGUUGAAGUUGAAAGCAUCUGCACCCCUAUUCGACAAAACUGUCGCCUUUUCAUGAAAGACAUUGCUGUGGUAAAAUUAAAAACGAAAGUCAACUAUACUGACUAUAUUCAGCCAAUAUGCCUUCCGGAAAACUGUGACGAUCCCCCUGCAAGCAGUACACCCUAUUCUGUUGGCUGGGGAAGAAUAUUUGAAUAUUAUGAUCCAUAUGAAUAUGAAGAUGAUAAUGAAGUCGAAGACCAAACAGACGACCUUGUGAUUCAGGAACCUAUAAACAAAACAUUGAGUGAAGUACCUAGCGUCAGACCACAAACGGAACAAAGUGGAUUCCUCGCAUUUCACUACGCAAACUCACUGAUGGAAAGGGAAAUAGAUCUGAUUGAUCCGGAUCGAUGUAGUGCCCAAUUGAAAAGCAAAGUUCCUGGCUACAUCAUUUGCACAAGUGGAGGAUCAUGUCAUGGAGACAGCGGAGGACCCUUGAUGUACGAAAAUAACGGCCGGUGGACUCUUGUUGGUGUGGCGUCUGACGGACCAGACGACUGCUAUCACCCGGAGAAGCCUUUGCUGUUUGUGAAGGUCUCGCACUUUAUGGACUCGCUUAUUUCCACAUUUAUGCAACCUGGAAAUCACAGUGACAGAAAUGUCUUAUGUGCUGCGGAGACUGCUCGUAAAGAGUGUGUAAGGAGGUUCUAUCAGUUCUACAACUACACUUUAGAAUGAUAAGACAUCCUGAAUGAAUUUACCUUCAAGCUAGUAUAAAAUUCAAAAAAGGGUUGCGCCAGUGUGCAAUUUUAUUUGCCUACAUUUAUGAUUUUACUUGCUUUGUGCAA